AUGUCCGCGCUCAAACGAGAGCUGCGAUCCCUCGGAGCCUUCAUCACCAAUAAACCCCCUUAUUGUAGCGGCACUUUAGCAGUCCCCAACGAAGACUUGAUCCUGUUUUACGGGAAAGAUGGAGUUGCAAGCCGAAUAGACUUAUCCCACGCGUCCGAAGAAGAUUUGAAGCACCUAGCGGAGGCUUGCGAUGUAGCGACCUUCGGUAUCGCACAGAGGGAUGUCCUGGACGAGUCAUACAGGAAGGCGGGAAAGCUCGACACUUCUGCAUUCUCCAUGCAAUUCCAUGCUGGCGAUGCUGGCCUCCUUGAAGCGGUUAAGACAGACCUCAUGGAGGCCCAGAGGCAGAGACCCAUCCGUGCGGAGCUGUACAAAUUAAAUGUUUACGGACCCAAGUCGUUCUUCAAGUCCCACGUGGACACUCCUCGCAGCGAAACCAUGUUUGGCUCUCUAGUUGUCGUUUUUCGUACGCCCCACAAGGGUGGCGCUCUAGCUCUGCGCCACGACAACCAAGAGUGGACCUUCGACUCAGCGGCGACAUUUGCGGAACAAUCGGAGCCUUGCGUUGCGUACGUCGCUUUCUACAGUGAUGUAGAACACGAGGUCCUUCCCGUCGAAACCGGCUAUCGCGUCACGCUGACAUACAAUCUGUAUUUUGGCUCUGAGGACCCGUAUCAUACCGUCCCGAACAUCCACCCAAACCCUCUAACUGAAUCUCCAUUCAGGGACAGGCUCAAGGAGCUUCUAAAAAAUCCGGCGUUCUUACCGCUGGGCGGCACUCUCGGCUUUGGGCUGCGGCACCAGUAUCCUCUGAAGACAAAGGGCGCUUGGCGGUAUGAAAGGAAAGGCGUGCAUCCUCUGAAAGACCUGCUGGUGUACCUGAAGGGCAGUGACGCCGUCCUCCUACGCAUCUGUCGGGAGUUCCACCUGAACGCUUCCGUCCAGCUGCUGUUCCGGGAUACCAACGGAAAGAGGGACGUGGAGGUGCUCUGCGACAGAGUGGUCGACAUGUCGGACGAUUGCCUGGACACCCAGCUGUGGUUCCACCUUCGAGAGAACUAUGGAGGCAAGCUCCUGCGUGCCGUCGAUGGGCCGGAGCAACAGCAGGAUAUCGAGGUGCAUUGGGUCACGGAGACGCCAAAGGUGAACUCCAUCGAGAGCCCGUACAUCGCGUACGGUAAUGGUGCCAGUGCUGCUCAUACUUACAUGUAUCUGUGUCUCAUCAUCGAAGUCGGAAAGGCUGGCAAUCGUGAGACGGCGGAGUAG